AUGGGAGUACUGGCCAGAUUCGGGUCGGCCGAGUUGGAGACGGCGCGAAUGAGCAGCCUCGUCGACAGUACCAGUGGCCGAGGCGGCUUUGCCAGUUAUGAUGAGCCCUAUUCGGCGCUGGAGCGGGAUAGCAACUCGGAGCAGUGGUAUUGGAUGGAUGCAGCUCGCACCGACCAAGAGGCUCAGGUCGGCUCCGAGCCGGCCAGAUUCCAGGACAUCCCAGAAGAGCCGACAAACACGGUUGUAUCGAGUGUGGCGUCGGUCGAAUUGCCGCCACGGGGGCGUCGGGACCAGCGAAUGGGCAGAAAAGAGUUUCUCUUCGGUCAAACCGGUGAGCGUGUGCCGAACGGACAACGGUUGCGUGGGCCAAAGCGGCCGGAGUACAGCAGAUCUGGCCCUCCUGCCGCGUCAGCGCCCGGCGGUCUCGAGUACCAGAGUCCGUGGAUGCGGCAACAUGACCAGCAAGCAGCGCCGGAGUACAUGAAGCCAGCAGUCUCGAGGCAACUGCAGGGCAGACUGAGUCUGCUACAGCCGCCCGACCCGUCGCAGCACAGCUUCUGGCGUGAAGCCCACAGAGACAGCCACCCGGCCACCGGCAGAGGAGCCGGCGAGCCGAGUCAAGCAGAAGUGUUCAUGUUGGAUGGUUGGGAGACGGCCGACGAGCCCAUCGGCGAUCAUUACGCGGCGUCGGAUCGUGGAAUUCGUCGAGCCUUCGACAUGUACCGCGGACACACCAGACUUCAGGGCGGCCGCCAACCAUCGUUGACAGACACGGAGGACACCUUCGACCAGGACGGCUCUGUUUCGCUCAAUUCGAAGAAGCUUUCCCCGCCCUCCUCACCCUCCUCAGCCUCCUGUUUCCGAGAAAAGCCUGCGACUCAAGAUUCUUUUGCUUCCGCGCCCUCUUCUGCCCUCCUCUCCCACAUGGAGGCCUCGGAAACUGCAGACAUUAAGUACGAUGACGAGCUAAACCCAUCUCGCCUGUUUGGUGAUCCCGGCAACUAUAAACGCAUCGUGGAUCCCGUGCGAUUGCACGAGUCCAUUCGUCGGGUGCAUCAAAAACGCCAACGCACCGAGGAGCAACGAAAACGCAGCUCCGCAUCAAAGGCAGCAUUCAGAAGCCCAGACGGCGAGUUGAUGGGGGCCCAGGAAGAGUAUCCGAUGCAGGAUGAAGAGAAUAUGGAUGUACCACACGUCACCGUCGAGCAUAAGCCAUUCAACUAUGGCGGUAAAGACCUGGCCUUCGAGAAGCAGACGAGCAUGACGGAUGUCUUCUCCAGAGACUUUAGGCGAAUGGGUCAGUUGGGCAGCAACACUAUUUUCCAAGAAUGCUUUCACCUGUUUUUAAACUGCUGGUAUCUCUCGAUAUCAACUUCAGAGACUAUUUUUGUUGUGUUUUUGAUGUCUCUGAGGCGGCGAACUUUACAGUCGAACAGUUGA